AAGUUAUGAAGCCGAGAGAGAUGAAGUUGUAAAGCUGCUCGUGCUUCGCCCACUUAUAUAUACGAUGGCAUUAUAGUUGCAAGGGAAGAAGCAAGUGGAGAGAGAAUCGGAGAAAACAAAAAAUGGCGGAAGCCGCCGUGAGCUUCGUGACAGAGACACUGCUCCGAUCACUGGAAAAUGAAGUGAGGUUGCAGAUGAGACUGAAAUCAGAAGUGGCGAACAUAAGCCAAGAUCUACAAACCAUCAAAGCGUAUCUGAGAGAAGCAGAUAUCCAGGCAGAAAGACCAAACACGAGCAACACGUUGAAGGACUGGGUGAAGAACGUGAGGGAAAUAGCUCACGACAUUGAAGAUUGUAUCGAUGAUUACAGGUACGAGGUGGCUAGGCGCCGAGUAGAGCAACGUGACCUUGCCGGUCGGGCUCGCCGGGCUCUUGGGUUCGUGACCGGGAUUGUAUCAACCCACGGAAUCAGCGACAAGAUACAGGAGAUCAGGGAAAGAAUAUCUCGCCAGGAUGGGAUGAGAAAAAGCUUGGGCCUCACCGGAGGGGAUGAAGCUGGCAGCGGCGCCGGAGGCCAAGACUGCUGCCGAGGCUGCUGCGGAGGAGGGUCGAAGGGCGGAGGGUCAAACAGAUGGUCUUGGCAUGAGCAAAAGCAGGUAGCGGCUAUCUCUGGGAAGGAUCGGUUGGUGGGCUUUACAGAGCAGAAGAGAGACCUGGCGAGUUGGCUUACGCGCGGCAGAAAUAACUGCACCGUUAUACCAGUUGUUGGCGCCGGCGGACUUGGCAAGACUACCCUUGUCAGUCAUGUAUAUGGUCUCAAAGAAGUGGAGAACGCAUUCGCCCGACGAGCAUGGGUGGUUGUGUCCCAAUCUUACGACCCAAGGCAUAUACUCAAGAUUCUGAUCAAAGAACUCCGGAACCAGAAGAUUUUAGAUCAGUCGGACACCGACUUGUGGCAUUUGAACGAAGAAGUGCAGACUUGUCUCAAGAACAACAAGUGCUUAAUUGUGUUCGACGACGUGUGGGACACCAAUUUCUGGAGCAGCAUCAAAUCCAUAUUGCCAUCACAAAACAGAACCAAAACCAGGAUCAUAAUCACCACCAGAAGUCAGGAAGUGGCAAAGCAUUGCAAGGACCAGGCACACCCAGCCGAAGUAAAAACCUUCCCUUUGAAACGUCUAGAGUACCAAGAGGCCAAGAAACUUUUCAAUCAGAUUGUGUUUGACGGUGAUGAAUGCCCAAAAGACCUUCAAAUUUUGUCUCACGAAAUAAUCCAGAAAUGUGAAGGGAUGCCACUGGCUAUUACCACAAUCGCGAGUCUUCUUUCAAAUGCAAAUACAGACGACACUUCCCGAUGGCAAAAUGUGUCUAAGAAUCUGAGUCGGAUCUUAGCUGCAGAAACCAAUCCCGAGGUCCGAGCAUUUAACGCAGUCGUAUCAGAGAGUUAUCAUAAUCUUCCUUAUCACCUCAAACUUUGCUUCCUCUAUUUGGGUAUGUUUCCUGAAGACUACCGUAUCAACUGCAAAAGACUCAUUCGUUUAUGGAUAGCAGAAGGGUUUGUCCAAGAAGGAAAGACAGAGACUUUGGAAAAAGUUGGGAUGAAUUACCUGCAAGAGCUGAUAAAUAGAAACUUGGUUCAGGCUGCAGUGACUGAUUUUGAUGGCAAAGUUAGAAGUUGCAGAGUUCAUGAUAUGAUGCGCGGCUUCAUCUUGAAGAAGUUUGGGGAGAUGAAUUUCUGUCAUGUUUUGGACAACAGUGGCUCGGCUUUGAGCUUCUCAGACUCGCCCCGAAGAUUAUCAAUUCAGCAGGAUUUCCACAAAAGCGGGCUUCUUGAUGUUGCUUCAGAUCCAACCUUGGUGAGAUCUUGUAUUUUGUUGAACACUAAAGGGAUUUCACCUAGUUUGUUGCCAAAUUUCAAGCAUAUGAGAACAGUGGAUUUCGACGAUGCUCCUCUUAAUUUUCUUCCUGACGAUAUUGGAGAUCUAUACCUCCUGUAA